CCAUCAGUGCACGCCUUCCCUGACCGCAGACCCAGGCUGUAAAAGGUGAUGAUGAUGAAGAUCCUCGGGGGCAGUAUUUAAAGCCCCAGGAAAGCGGAAGCCUGGUCUGGGCCGAGUUAUCAGCUGACAGGAGAGAGACAGGGAGGUGCUGUAUUUGGCUAGCGCAGCUCAGACAGCUCUAGCUGAGCUGCUGCACAAUUGUUUUGUUGUUCCUUCCGACCUACAGUGAAAAUGGAGUGAGGAGACAAAGCGAGGCUAAAGGGGCGCUGAUGAAAGCUGCCUUGAAAAGUCACUGAAGACCGAAGAAGAGGCAUUGUUCUCUGGUGGAAAGCAGCAGACGUUCGCUCUCAUUGUUAUUCCCCCGUCCUCGGACCAUCCGGCGCCUACAGCCCUCGACGCCAUCGCUUCUGCCUGUACGGCCAGCGUCUGGACGAGGCGACCAUGACGACAGGCGGGUGCUGCCACCUGCCCGGCUCCCUGUGCGACUGCGCCGGCACGGGGGGCAUGUGGAAGAUUGUCGAGGAGGCGGGCGGCGAAGGAUGCCAGGCCCUCUACGUCACUCAGGUCACAGCGCUAGACGGGCGGCUGCUGUCCUCCGUGCUCAAACCCAUGAGCGUGCAAAGCGACGGUCCCAUCUGCCGCAUUUGCCACGAGGGGGGCAGCAGCGAGGGUCUCCUGUCCCCGUGUGACUGCACUGGCACGCUGGGCACGGUGCACAAGAGCUGCCUGGAGAAGUGGCUGUCGUCGUCCAACACCAGCUACUGCGAGCUCUGUCACACAGAGUUCAGCAUCGAGAGGCGACCCAAGCCGCUCACAGAGUGGCUGCAGGACCCCGGCCCUCGUAACGAAAAGCGGACGCUGUUCUGCGACAUGGUGUGCUUCCUCUUCAUCACUCCGCUGGCGGCUAUCUCCGGCUGGCUGUGCCUGAGGGGGGCUCAGGACCACCUUCGCAUGGGCAGCUGGCUGCAGGCCGUGGGCCUCAUCGCGCUCACCAUCGCCCUCUUCACCAUCUACGUCCUCUGGACCCUGGUCUCUUUCCGCUACCACUGUCAGCUCUACUCCGAGUGGAGAAGAACAAAUCAGAAAGUGCGUCUUCUCAUUCCCGAAGCCAGGGAGUCCAGCUCGUCCCAGCAUUCCUUGCUCUCUAACAAACUGAAGAAGUCUGCCAGUGAGAGUAUCGUAUGAGAGCAGAUGGAGACAUGUGGGAAGCUUGCAUCAAGUUUGUUGACUGGACUUCAAAGAAGCACUUUUGGGCUCUUUUUUUUUUAUUAUUUGUUUUACUUUUUAUUGCUUUCUUCCUUUUUUGCAUAUUUUGUCACUCCAUCUUACAAAUGCAUUCUGCAGGACUGCAUUUGUUUUUCAUCAUUGGAUGUUUGAUGAAGUUUAUGCAAAAAAAACAAAA